UGCUUCCUACAGUCUGUGGUGUGAACCUCUUCCAGUAAAGCGCGCCAUCGCACGCAUGGCCACAGCGGCGCUCUCCCGCUCUAGACCUUCAUGAGCGCGCUGAGGAUUGUGGGAGUCGAGAGGACGCUGCCCGGGCUUGUUGUCACCGAACAUAGACCUUCUGCCGGGGCCUCUUCUUGCCAGCAGCAGAAUCCUGAGUUCCAGAGCUGAGCGCUGCAGGGAGCACCAUGUCGAGCCGAGGGGGAAAGAAGAAGGCGACCAAGACGUCCCGGUCCAGCAAGGCGGGGGUCAUCUUCCCUGUGGGUCGCAUGCUGCGCUACAUCAAGAGGGGCCUUCCCAAGUACCGCAUCGGUGUGGGGGCGCCCGUCUACAUGGCCGCCGUGCUGGAGUACCUCACCGCUGAGAUCCUGGAGUUGGCGGGAAAUGCAGCCAGGGACAACAAGAAGGGCCGCGUCACUCCACGACACAUCCUGCUAGCCAUCGCCAACGACGAGGAGCUCAACCAGCUGCUGAAGGGUGUGACCAUCGCAGCGGGCGGAGUCCUGCCCAACAUCCACCCAGAACUGCUGGCCAAGAAGAGAGGAGCCAAGGGCAAACUGGAGACCCCCGUCUCCCCCGCCCCAGAGAAGAAACCCAAGCCAACCAAGAGACCCAUGGCUAAGAAAUCCAGCGCGAAAAAGACAGGCGGAAGAAUUAAAAAGCCGGGGGAGGUGAGCAAGGCAGUGUCGGCAGACAGCACCACGGAGGGGUCCCCGUCGGACAGCUUCACCGUGCUCUCCACCAAGAGCCUCUUCCUGGGCCAGAAGUUACAAGUUGUCCGCGCCGAUCUUUCCAACGUUGAGAGCGAGGCGGUCGUUCACCCCACCAGCUCGUCCUUCUAUACAGGUGGUGAAGUAGGUAACGCUCUGGAGAAGAAGGGUGGGAAGGAGUUUGCUGAAGCGGUCCUGGAGCUGAAGAAGAAGCACGGCCCUCUAGAGGUGGCUGGGGCGGCUCUGAGUGGAGGCUUUGGGCUACCUGCUAAGUACGUGAUCCACUGCCACAGUCCGAGCUGGGGGUCGGACAAGUGUGAGGAGCUACUGGAGAAGACGGUGAAGAACUGCCUGGCCCUGGCCGACGACAAGAAGCUCAAGUCCGUGGCCUUCCCCUCCAUCGGCAGUGGCAGGAACGGCUUUCCCAAGCAGACGGCGGCUCAGCUCAUCCUGAAGGCCAUCUCCACCUACUUCGUGGCCACCAUGUCAUCCACCAUCAAGACGGUGUACUUCGUGCUGUUUGACUCAGAGAGCAUAGGCAUCUACGUGCAGGAAAUGGCCAAGCUGGAAACCAGCUAAACCCACCUUACGUUCUUUUAUGUUCAUUUCGUUCCGCGCCAACCCCACUAAAUAUCAAAACAUGUUUUGUGCUUGACUUAUUUAUGUUUUCUCCCCCAUAUCUGCAUUGCCUUGUUUGAUUUUUGGGUUUAUUUUGUUUAACCUUUGGUUUAUAAAUGCAUCUACUGCACUAUUAUGACUACAGAGGAGAAAAAGAGACGGAUAUUUAAUUAGAGAAAUGAAAAGAGGAUUUUCUUUGCAAGGGUUUUUGGGAUAGCCUUUAUGGGUUAGAGCAUGUGUUGGUCUCACUACACAUUUGAUAUCUGGGGUCGGUUGUUUUCAUCUUGAUUGCGAGCUGCUUCUAAGUUUUCUCAGUUAGCUGCUGGUGGAACACGUGUCACCCUCUUUGUGGUAUUUGAUUCCUUGUAAGCGUCUACACAUUAUCUGAAUGAUUUAUUGCACUAAUGGUCUGUGUUGUGUGUGCCCAUCAAUGUUUAUAUCCAAUAUGUGUGGAAGUUAAAAGUAACUGAACAGUGACAAAUCUUUAUUUUCUAUUAUCUGUUUGUCAUUCUUGAAGGCAUAUGAAAUUUGAUAUGGGAAAUGGUAUGUCAUUGACAUUUGAUUGCAAUGAAAACAAAAUAAAUAUACUUGUAUCAUUUCGAUUUGUUUUGUGGCAGGAUGGGGACUGCUACACCAGCGGCCACUAGAUGGCGCGCUGUACUCAAGAAUUGGAGUUUCAUCAGGGCCAUUUUUCCGUGCUGGCAAAAACUGACGUGGGGGUCCACACAUAGAUAUGAGUUGAUUUGAGUUGGCUUGAAUUAGGAACACGAUGUGGAUACACACCAUAGAAAAUAUAGUUAUGCUGCAUUUGGACUUUUCGAUAACUUUCUUAUCAAUGUAAAUUGCUUUCUAUAAAUUGCUAUACAUAACUAUUAUACACAAGGUCUGUAUAAAGUCCAGAAAUAAAAAUGCCUUUCAAAACGAGUGUUUGUGUUGGGUCUGUAAAGGUAAAAAAAAAAAAUGUAUUCAAAUAUAAACACUUCACUAAACUCUCUGAAACAUCGUUUAAGU